CACCUACAUAAUCCUACUUGGGUACCUGGGCAGCUAUAUAUCUAUCAGCAUUUGUAUUUGUAUUUGUAUUCUGUGCUAGCGUCUCCUAUUAUUGUUAAUAUUUUGUGGCAUUCCGACCAAUCGAAAGAAAGGAUUUACCUAAUCAUUAACAAGUUCCUUUAAUAUCUCUACUCCAGUAUUCGUUUACUAGGGUCCUAUCUCCUCCUACCCCGAACUUAAAGCCUCGUACUACCUAGUAUCCUUCAUUCACAACAUUCAACGCCCAUUUCUACCAUUUCCUCCAUAACUACCUACCCUCUACAUUACUUUAUCACACCAUUCAUCCCCUCUUUCCGCCCCUUGUUGAUGCGUUUUCAAUCACUUACCAUAUUUAACUUUCAAUUCAAUUUCGAUUUGUAGCUUCCAUUACACGAUCAGACGCUCGACUUAUUCCUCAUUUGAAGUAGGUGCGGGUCAGAAUACCCACAACCCAACAAGAUAGAAAAAGCCGGACCCUGAUCGAUGAACUUAAGUUGACAGACGGGUACCACGAGAAAAUAAUGUCUGCCUCAACUGCUGGUCGACGUCAAGCGCGUGGUGGAGUUCGCUCUGGAACACAUGAGAGGGGUGAAGAAAUAGCCUUAUGGACCGAGAUCACUCAAGCUCUAGCCAAAAUCAAAGCAGAAGAGAAAAUCUUUGAAGCAAAUAUCCCGGAAGCCAUCAUCUCUAAAGAAACCGCUAUAGCUGAGCAGAUAAAGAAUGGUUUACCACCUGCCAUGGCCGCAAUAGAAGAGCUCGACAUACAAAUUCGAGAAGGCGUGAAAGUCUCCGAGUCUACAGCAGUAGCCCUACGACAAACCAUUGAAAAACUGUCGAUUCUUUUAGCCUUGAUCAAAGGCAACGAAGCAGAGCGAGGUUCCAAUUCCCGCGAAUCUCAUGGAAGAUCAAGUGUUACCGACGAUGUAGGAUCUACCGACUCUCCUGUUCCUUCUCCGGCAGAAAACAAGCAUGUUCGAAAGAUGGGAAAUGGUAGAACCAGCAGUUUACCGCCGAAGGGAAAAGAUAUCUCUAGGAAGUCUGAGAACGAAGAGCCCAGUACUAGUACUAAUACUGGUGGUACUGGUGGUACCAAUAAUAAUAAUACAUCUACAACUUCUGGUACUAGUGGCACAAAGAAAAUCGAAUUCUCCAAGGGACAAGAGGUGGCAUUCAAGCCGAGACCCGGUUCUCCCUUUACAGAGAUGGAUUGGAUUCAAGGAAAGGUUGCAAAAGUUAUUGGUGACGGCAAGAGUCGCAGAUACAGGGUUGAAGAUGUGGCUCCUGAUGAAGGGAAUAAAUCCUCAAUUCUUACCUCCGCGUCUUCUAUGUGCCCAAUUCCACCAGAUGACGCCAUUCUUGGACCCUACGAAGUUGGAAAGCGUGUCCUCGCUCUUUAUCCCGAGACAACCACAUUUUACCGAGCGGAAGUCAAAGCAAUGCUUGAUGAUGGCAAUAGAGUUAGGUUGAUAUUUGACGGAGAUGAGGAUUCUACAAAGGAAGUCGAACGGCGAUUUGUUCUUGAUCAUUCAGGUUAGGAGUAUAGGAAUUCUUUUUCUUUAAAGGACGGACUAAAGAGGCAUUGGUGGGUUGUUUGGCGUUACUUCUUUUCCCCUCUUCUCUGGAGCUCUGUUGGUACAGGAGUAUUGGAAUAAGGAUACCCCCAAAAGCAUUUGACAGUUGAUAUCUUACAUGGGAUAGAUGGAGUUUAUGGUGGCUAUAUCAUUACUCUCAACAAAUGUGGUGUACAGGACACAAGUAUGUUGUAACUGGGCGUUUUGUUCUUUUAGAUGACGGAGAGGGCCAUCCGGUGUUCGAAAAGUGCAACACAAUGUACCCUUCUCUUCGACACUGAAGUGGAUAAAAUUAAUUCAAGUGGCAAUUUCAAAGGGUCUAAUAUUUCAUGUCUCAAUUUUCGGAAAGCAGCGAAACUGUGCCCCUCAUCCACAUGUUUUAGAUAUCCGGUACUCAAUUUAGAGUACCAUCCGAAUAGCCUCAUCAAGCCGGGGUGAUUUCGAUACUUAAGAUAGACGUUAUUGUGUAAUAGAGAGGAACACUGCCAUACGCUUAGACAAUUGUAUCUCGUUUAUACACUCAUUACGGAGUAAACGUGUGUUCCCUCGGUCGACUUCAACACAUUGUACCCCUUCCAAAUUUGGUUCAUCUCAUAAUAAUAUCCGACAAUAUGGCCUCCAAAUUUGAGGUUCGAGCCAUCUUCAUUCGUCUGUGAGUUUGUUUAGGUAGUGUAAAGGGAAUAUAGCCAGAAAGCUUCAUCAGUUCAUUGACAGAUUUAACUGAUGAUGGCUGAUAUGGAGGAGAGGGCGAUAUAAG